AUGGAGGAGGGGAAGGAAGUUUUAAGGCUAGUACAGCUCGUUUCCUCUAUACACUUAAUAAAAGAUGCUCAGAAAAUGAUCUUGUUGACAGGUGGUAUUGUUAAAUGCAAGAAGUUGAAGGAGAAGUGUUUCCAAAAUUAUAGAAGAAGGCAGUUGAUUAGUUUGAACAUACCAGUGAAAAUAUGUUGCGGUCAUACUCUUUGUGAUGGCUUGGAUGAGAAAGACAAGGUAAGUGGCUGUUAUCGUGAACUUGAUGAACUACUUCUCAAGUUGGCUGAGUUCUAUCUCUCCAUGAGUUACUAA